GGGACUUGCGCGGCUGCGGCGGCGACGAGCGGGGCCCGGCGGCCGCUGCGGGAUGGCGCCGCCGCCGCUGCUGCGCGCCGUCAUCAUGGGCCCGCCGGGCUCCGGCAAGGGCACGAUCUCGGCGCGGAUCAUCAAGCACUUCGGCAUGAAGCACCUCUCUAGCGGAGAUUUGCUGAGGGUCAACAUGCAGAAGAAGACAGAAGUUGGAAUCCUUGCCAAGUCCUACAUUGAUCAAGGAAGGCUUAUUCCAGAUGACAUCAUGACACGGCUGAUGCUAAAUGAGCUAAAAGGUCUAGAUCAGUACAACUGGCUGCUGGAUGGUUUCCCUAGAACAGUUGCUCAGGCAGAAGCCCUGGAUAAAGAAUGUCAAAUAGACACUGUGAUUGACCUAGACGUACCAUUUGAAACCAUAAAAUGUCGUCUCACUGCACGGUGGGUACACCCUACUAGUGGCAGAGUCUACAACCUUGAAUUCAGUCCUCCCAAAGUGCAGGGCAUUGAUGACGUUACUGGAGAGCCACUUGUUCAACGAGAUGAUGAUAAGCCAGAGACGGUUACCAAGAGACUGCAGGCUUAUGAUGCACAAACAAAACCUGUUCUAGAAUAUUAUCGGAAAAAAGGGCUGUUGAAAUCCUUCUCUGGAACAGAAACUAAUAAAAUCUGGCCACAUAUCUACACUUUCCUCCAAACCAAGUUGCCAGAUGUGAGCCAGAAAGAUGCUGCCACUCCCAGGAUAUGGCCAUCACUAGUAGUCUAACAGGAGAUGUAAGCAGCCUUAAGUUUUCUUCCGUGACAACAGGAGGUCUUCCUUAGGCUUCACUUAGCUGAAGGAUCCUAUGAAUUGCAUUGAUCAUUUUAACCUAAAAGCCUCUUGCACUGCUUGUGAUAAGGUGUGAAUACAAUUCUAUCACUGCAUCAGCUUUAUAAUGCAGCAUUUCUUUUUCAACAAAAUGGAAAGGUGCUGAACAUUUGCUUUUGACCUUCUCCUGGUGCUGAGUUCAUAGAAUUACCAAGAUUGGAAAAGACCUUCAAGAUCAUCUAGUCCAGCUGUCCACCUACGACCAACACUUGUCCACUCCUCCUAAUAUCCAACCUGAAGCUCCCCUAGAGCACCUUGAGGCCAUUCCCUCUAGUCAUAUCAUUAGUUAUGCAGAAGAAGAGGCUGACCUCGACCUUGCCACAACCUCCUUUCAGGUAGAUGCAGAGAGCUAUAAGGUCUCCGCUGAUCCUCCUCCAGACAAGUUCAGGUGAAAAGAAAACAUAUAUAUGCCUUGCAUAUUGAUAAUAAUGGAAGUUAUAUCCUGACCACUCUGUUCUAGGAACAAUCCUCUUUAAUUCCAGAAAGGUACAGCUUCUCAACAUAGGACCUAAUUCCAAUUUAGUUAAAUUAAUUUCUGGAAGUAAUAAACUUACCUGUGACAAAGAUGUCAGCUGUUCUACAAGACUAGGAUUGACAGUGGGAUUAUAUAGUAAGAUAGCCUGAAAGCUAUCUGAUUGUGACCAGAUUCUCACUCUUGUCUUGAAUGCCUCAAGUUCACUUUUAAAUGCCUCAAAAUAGCCUUCUCCUGUCUGCAGAGAGAAAAAAAAAAUUAAGUAUUCUCACUUCAAACAGAUUAUCUUACGAAUUGUAAACCUUGUGUAUACUGAAAAAGUAAUGAACAAUGCCAGUCAAAAAAAAAAAAAAAAAAAAGAAUCUUACCUAAAUUUUCAUUAAGAUAAACUGUAGUACUUAAACAUAGAAGCAAAGUAAUUUAUUUAUCUAAAGACAUUCAAAAGGAGAUCUCAUUUUAGCCCUUCCUUUAUUAACUUUAGAAAAGCAGGUGCUUGUUCUAACAUUCUGGCCAAGAGAAAUGCAGAAGUUGACUCACUCAGUCAGCAGAACUUCUUAAAGGGGUUAACUGAGCUAUUAAUGUGGUAUUAAGAUCCAUCAGUCAAGAAUAACUGAAUACAGUCUACAGCAAACCACAGUUUGAAUCUUUCUACAUUUCUCCUCUGUUUUCAAGAUAGGAGUUACAACAAAGUAUCUAUUAAGAACUGCUAAUAAAACACGUCUCCAUAAUACUAAGUCAGUAAAAUACUUAGCAUCUUUCAGAUAGGAAGAAACCUACUCUAGAACACUGGUACCUUGUUAAACGUUAAGAGUUUUUACCAUCAUUAUACAGAGUGACUUACUUUGGCUUUUUGGAAAAAGAGACGAAAACAGCCUCUUGGAUCCACAUUGCAGUUUUUGGCAAUUUCUAUAAUAAACUGCAUUACUACUG